AUGAGUGCACUCGUGCAAAAGCACAAGGAGCAGCCACAGCUGGACUGGGAGGUGAAGAAUCUGGCCUCCGUCCUUCGAGUCGACGAAGCCCAUGCAGUGAUGCUCGCAGAGCAGGGUCUGAUCACAGAAUCCCAAGCAGGCGCCAUCCUCGGCGUCAUCGACCAGUUGAAGGCCGCGGGUCCAUCGAAGUUCGCUUCCAAGCCCGGAUACGGCAGCAUCGUGCUGCAAAUAGAAAGAGUCUUGGCCACACAUAUAGGCGAAGAUACCGCCGGCCGGCUUUCCAUAGCACGCAGUCGACUCGACCAGGGUGCUACAGUACGCCGCGUAGCAGAUCGUGACAGCGCGCUCGAGGUUGCACACCGCCUUACCGAAUUGCUGGCCACGUUAGCAGAUGUUGCUGAGCGACACAAGGACGUCCCAACAAUUAGCUACACGCACUUGCAGCAAGCACAACCGGCCAACUUCGGCCAUUACUUGCUGGCUUUCGAAGAUCGACUUGAAGACGCUUUCGACCAGCUCACGCAGGUGUACGACCGAAUCGAUCGCUGCCCUUUGGGUGCAGUUGGACUCUCCGGAACGAACCUGCCCACGAAUCGGCAUCGCACGGCGUCUCUGCUGGGCUUCUCACAGAUCCUGGACAACUCGAGGAGAGGCAGAGAUGCGUACUACCAGAUUGAGAUGGCAUGCACGCUCGCCAUGAUCAUGACCAUCCUCAACGAUCUCUGCACCGAUCUGCACGUCUUCAGCUCCACGGAGUUUGGUGUGGUCGAGAUAGACGACUGCCACUGCGGUACCAGCAGCAUCUUUCCCCAGAAGAAGAACCCAUUCGCGUUGGAAAUUGUCAAGAAAGUGGCCCAAGACGCCGCCGGUUGGGUUGCCACUGCGUUGGCCACGUUUCGCAACGAGGGGACGGGAGACACUGCGAACCGAAGUCUUGGGAUCCUUGGUGAUGCGUGCAACAAGACCUCGGCAAUGCUGCAAUUGACCUCUGAGAUCUUGAAUCUGAUGGUGGUGAAUCGAAGUCGUUGCGAGGCGUUGCUGAAGAACACCUGGGUUACGACUAAUUUCCUCGCCAACACGCUUUUGCUCAACCAUGGGGUGAGUUAUCGCACAGCUCACGGCGUUGUAGCGCGGUUGGUGAAAAACAGCCUGGAAAACAGAAUAUCUAGAGCCGAUGUCACGAUCGAAAUGCUGCAGGCGGCCGCAGAGCAGAUGGGAGUGACUGGCCUCGGGAUGAGCGAACAGGAAUUGAGGGCAGCACUGGAUCCUGCCGAGUACAUCCAGCAAAGCUCGAGUUUUGGCAGCGUUGGUCCAGAACAGGUCAAGCGGUUGUUGACGAGUAGUAGGCAGAAGGUUGUAGCCAAUUGUCUUUGGGUGGAGUCGAAGGAAAGACACCUGGAAAGUGCAGAUGCGGAGCUAAGGGAAGUCACUGAGAAGCUCAGGGUACAUAAACGGGUCUGA